CUCAUUUUAGCUGUCAAAAUCUCUUUAAAUUGAAUGUUUUGGUUUUUCUUGCGUGGAAGAAAAUGAUUUACAAUUUCUACAUUUUCGACAAGCAAGGAAACUUGCUUUACUACCAAGAAUGGACAAGACUCAAACAAUCCGGAAUUACCUGCGAAGAGGAAGCAAAACUAAUGUACGGCAUGAUCUACUCAAUGAAGUCUUUUGUGAAUAAAAUCUCCCCAACUGACAUCAGGGAUGGCUACAUUCACUACAAAACAAACAAGAAUGCCCUUCACAUCCUUGAGACCUCAUCAGGACUCAAAUUCGUCAUGAACACAGAUACAGCAUCAACGGGAGUUAAGGAAUUCAUGAAUCAAUUUUACUUGAAGAUAUGGCUGGAGUAUGUUGUGAAGAAUCCCUUUUGCCUCCCGGAGAAGCCAAUCACAUCCGAACUCUUUAAGGCAAAAUGCGAUGAAUUCAUCAAACAAUCAACCUUCUACGGUGGCAUAAAGAGUGUCUGAGCAGGUGAUCUGCAUCAUCAUUUGGUUAGUUCUGUGAUAACCAUUCCUUGAUUGUAUUUAUGUGAAUCUGCCGGGCUGCUCGCACUGAUUGAGGAUCCUUCAGAAAGACAAACAAAUUAUUUAACAAACAAAGUAAAUGUGGAAAAUAAAGCCCAAAAAUUCUUACUUUA